GUUCUUUCCCUUUCUAAAUCUUUUUUUUUAAAAAAAAGGAAGUUAUAUCAUGGCCAAACUUGCUUCUUUCUGGACGUUCUUUUUAUUACUUUUGACAACUGUCUUGGUGUUUGCUGAUGAAACUACCAGCACCAAAGAUACUCUCAAUAUUGAAGUAGUGGCUCAAUUCCCUGAUAAUCCUUUUGGUUUGAUUGUCAAUGGUCAAAAGAAUGGUGUUGUAUUGUCUAUGACUAACAAGGAUUCAGUGGAUGCCUCUAUUAUUGCUGUGUCUGGUAAAGUGACUCUAGUUGAUGAUGAAUCCAAGAUUAUUCGUAACUUGACUGCUCUUCGAUAUGAUACUCGUCUUCCUUCUCAAGCAACUUUGGAAGUCCCUUAUGAAUUCUAUUCUGAAUUUGCUCCUGGAGAACUCGGUCUGACCGUCUAUGUUGACUUGGUGGCGGAUGAAAAACUUAUUCGUUUGGUUGGCUAUAGCGGUGCCAUUACUGUGACUGAUCCCGAAUCUUCCUUGUUAGAUGCCCAAUUGCUCUUCCUUUAUGCAAUUUUGGCUGCUGGUGCUGCUGGUGUAUUAUAUGUUGUUCGUGAAGCUUUCUUUGGCAGUUCCAAAAAGACCCCUACCAAGGCUGCUAAUGAACCUACUGUCCGCGCUGCUCAUCGUGAUGAAAAGGGACAAAUGGUAUUGGAUGAAUCUUGGAUUCCUGAACAUCAUCUCAAGGAUAGCCCCAAACAAUCCCCUCGUGCCAAAAAGCGUACCAAUGCUUCUCGCAAGUAAAAUUUGGAUCUGAACAAUAAAAAAAAAACUAGGGUAACUUGGAUGUCAUGAAGAUCGACUUUUUUUUUUUA